UAUAUAUAUAUAUAACACCACUUCACAACUUCUCAUGAACAAGUAGAAGAAAAAGAGCAAGAUUAAUAAGCCAGAACAGACAACAUGAACAACCAAGACGAGAUAAAGAUUGAGCCUGAGAGCAAGAACGGCUUCAACGACCGAGAACAAGAAGUCAAGAACAAGAAUGGCCUCGGUGAAAAGUGGCCAGAACCCAUCGUCCGAGUCCAAUCCCUAGCCGAGAGCAACCUCACCAACCUACCCGAACGUUACAUCAAGCCGCCAUCUCAACGCCCUCAAACCACCAUCAUCAACCACCAGCCGGAAGCUGCCGCCUUAAAUAUCCCGGUCAUAGACCUAGACAGCCUCUUCUCUGGCAACGAAGACGACAAAAAGAGGAUAUCUGAGGCAUGCCGUGAAUGGGGAUUCUUUCAGGUGAUCAACCAUGGGGUGAAGCCGGAGCUGAUGGACGCAGCUAGAGAAACUUGGAGAAGCUUCUUCAAUUUACCCGUCGAAGCCAAAGAAGUUUACUCAAACUCCCCAAAGACCUAUGAAGGAUACGGAAGCAGAUUGGGUGUGGAAAAAGGAGCCAUUCUUGAUUGGAAUGAUUAUUACUAUCUCCACUUUCGUCCUCUUCCCUUGAAGGAUUCCAACAAAUGGCCUUCUUUACCUACUAACAUUAGAGAAGUGAUCGAUGAGUAUGGGAAGGAACUAGUGAAUCUAGGCGGGAGACUCAUGGCGAUCUUAUCGUCAAACUUGGGGCUAAAAGAAGAUCAACUCCAAGAAGCAUUUGGUGGAGAAGAAGUUGGUGCAUGUAUGAGGGUUAACUAUUAUCCAAAAUGCCCCCAACCGGAGCUUGCCCUCGGCCUCUCUCCUCAUUCCGACCCCGGCGGCAUUACCAUCCUCUUGCCGGACGAUCAAGUCGUCGGCCUUCAGGUCCGUCACGGUGACACAUGGAUCACUGUCAAUCCUCUUCGCCACGCAUUCAUUGUUAAUCUCGGCGAUCAAGUUCAGAUACUAAGCAAUUCGAAAUACAAGAGCGUGGAACAUCGAGUAGUAGUGAAUUCGGAAAAAGAAAGGGUUUCACUAGCAUUCUUCUAUAACCCUAAGAGUGACAUUCCGAUCCAACCAAUGCAACAACUUGUCACAUCUACGAUGCCUCCUUUGUAUCCUCCCAUGACCUUUGAUCAGUAUAGACUCUUUAUUCGAACGCAAGGUCCACGUGGAAAAUCCUACGUUGAGUCUCAUAUCUCCCCUCGUUAAAUGAUAUGAACUUCACAAAAAUGUCCGAUAACUGAUAUCAAGCUAUGGAAGAUCAAAGAAGUACCAAUUCCAAAGAUCGGCGAACAUAUAUAUCGAGAUCGAAGUGAAUUAAUUAAAUACCAAAAAUUAUCAUGUGUGUUUUAUUUUGGGUUCUAUCGCUUUACGUAAACUCUAAAGAUGUCGUUCUCUUAGUAUAAUUAAUUGGUAUAUGUGAUUAAUGUUGUAGCAUGCUAAUCAAUAAUUAUCCCUUUCUCUAUGAUUAGUAACAUUAAUAAUGGAGCUUAUUGGUACUA